UAUGCAUAAAAAGAGAGGACUAUUUAGUUUGCGGAUUUUUUUCGGCUAGUCAUCGCAUUUGUAAGAUCGUUAUUCCAGAGACUCGUUUUGAAACAGGAUUCAUACGUGUAACUGCUGAAAAUCCAAAUAAUAAAAGAUUAAGUAUGGGUAAAAGUCAAAAACAAAGACAAAAGGCAAAGAGAGAUGCAAAGAAUAAAAACGAAAACCAGACCCAUGUCACACCAACUCAAAAGGGAACUGGUAGUAAGAAACGUAAAACAGAACAUACUGAUAUAUCUGAUUCAGACAGGGCACAGCCAAAAAGUCCAAAUCGUAAAAAUAUGGAUAGUUCUAGCUUAAUCGCACAGCCAAAAAGUCCAAAUCGUAAAAAUAUGGAUAGUUCUAGCUUAAUCGCACAGCCAAAAAGUCCAAAUCGUAAAAAUAUGGAUAGUUCUAGUUUGAUCGAACAUCAACAAGACGUGAAUAGAGGAGAUGACUCCAACACAAGCAAGAAUGAAGUCGGUCUAGGUCAACAAAAAGAAGCAAAUGAAACUGAUGUUGACAACAGUAAACAAGGGGGAAGAAAACAAAAAGAAACAAAUGCAACUGAUGUUGACAACAGUAAACAAGGGGGAAGAAAACAAAAAGAAACAAAUGCAACUGAUGUUGACAACAGUAAACACGGGGGAAAUACAGACAAGGAUAUUAAAAACGAAAAUAUUAGUUCUUCGAUCACACAUAGCACAGAUCAAAAUAAAAACGAUCCAAAUACUUUCAUGGAUGACAAAAAUACACAAGAGGAGAAGAAUAAUGGUCAAUCUGAGAUUAAAAACAUUCAUGAAGACUGUAUAUGUGAUAAACAAGGCAAAGAUGUUCUUAUUAAUUUAAAAAGUUCAGCUGUUAACGUUUCAUCUAAUAUUUUAAUUACUGAACAUACUUUUAAAGAAUCCGAGUCAACCGGUAAUGUUCCCAAUGAUGAAAGUAAUACGUUGAGUACAUCACGCACAGAAACUAAAAACAAAUUUGGACCACUCGAUGAUCAUUCUAACGAGAAUACUGAGGAUGGUAAAGGAAAUGAUGAUGGUGACGGUUUUAUAAAUGAAACAGAAAACGGGAAAAGUAUAGAUGGACAUAUUCCGCAAUUAAACGCGGAUUCAGAUAAGGAAAUCACUGAAGAUGAUACAAGUGGAAUUGGCGUUGACAACGGUGUUCAAAACCAACAAGGAAAAAGUCAGGGAGAUUUCAUAGACGAGGAGACUGGUGACAAUACGUUUCAUUCUUUGAACACAGAUGACACACUUGACAAUAAUCACAAUGAGGAAGAAACUACGGAGAAUGAAAAUAACUCGAUGUCCGAUACAAGUACAGAUCCACAUACUGACGAGGACGAUCACGAUAGUAAUAUUGGCGCCAAAAACAACACAGAAACCUCUCUAAUCUUUAAUACUAGAGAAGAUGGCAGAGACAAGAGUUACGAUGAACAACAAUUUAUUGAAAGAGACAGUUUCACCAACAUGGCAGGGGAUAAUAUACAUCAAGCUCCAGAAUACCAAGAGAAAAACUACCACAACCAAGAAAACUUUGCUGAAAUCAACCACAAAAAGGCAAAUUCUACAUCUACAAAUACCAUCAACUGUGAGGAACAAUGUGAAAGCAUAAGCAGUACACCAGCCAUUGAUUCGAGUUAUCAGGGACAACAUGACCAAAUGUCUCAACUGAACGAUAUCACAGUGCAAGCCGAAAGUUCAACAACAUUACAAGGUAUGGAUCAAUUGUCAACAACUAGCCAAAGUGAAAUAGAAGGUGCAAGUAGCUACGAUUUAAUGGAUGACAAAAAUACCCCAGAGGAAGAGAUUAAUGACACAUCUGAGAUUGAAAACAUUGCUGGCGAAUUUACAGGUGGAACACAAAGAAAAUUUAUCCAUGCAAAAUUGAAUCAUUCUGCAGCUGACACUUCAUCGACAACAGGUUCAAGUGAAUUUGGUUCAUCAGAUAAUGUAAACAUGGAUAUGGAUAAUACGUUAGAUACAACAAACGAACGAUUUCGUAAUCAUGAACAACUACAAGUAGAGUCCACCAAUAUACUUGCUGAAGAGAAUAUCGGGAAUGACGAUAAUGGAAGUUCUCGAAAUAAGCAUACAUUUGAAAAAUCAAACGGACAAAACAGUAUUGUUCAAAUUCAACAGUCUGUUGAAGAUACUAAAGAAGCAUUCCAAAAAUUGGAAACACUUCAACAACAAUUAGAAUCAGUAACAAAAGAAAAUGGUAAUUUAUUAGAAUGCAACAUUCGACUUGAAAAUGAACUUAAAUGUGGAAAACAGGAGCUUGAUGUAUGGACAGAAAGAGCAAAUGAAUUCGAAAGUGAAAAAGACAGUAUCACUGAAAGUUGGAAGGAAUCUGCAGAGAAAACACAACAAAAGCUUACAUCAUUUGAGUUAGAAUUGACAUCUGCUCUCCAAGAAAAAGAACAAGUUGUUGAGCAUAAAAAUCAGCUUGAAGAACAAUUACAACAAGUUAAUGACGCAUUGGAAGGAUGGAAACAAAAUAAUGCUCCGCUGGAAAGUCAAAAAGAAAGCAAAACUCAAUUAGAAGGGGAUUUGAAAACUGUAAAUGGCCAGCUUGAGGAAUCGAGAGAGGAUUCGAAUGAAUUACAAAAUAAAAAUGAAGAAAUUCAGCAAUCUUUUGAAGAAACUAAACAGUCCCUGCAUCAAGAGUUGGCAUUACUCCAAAAGCAACUUGACUCUCUUAAUCAGGAAAACUCAAACAUUCGAGAUGAGAAAGAACAGCUUGUCCAAUCACAACAGCAACUCACGGACGAGCUCGAUGAAUUUAAAUCGAAGCUAGCGAAGUUAGAAAACCGAAAAGAGCAAGUAAAUAUAUCUACUAAAGUCAUUGAAGAAACCAUUAAACAACAGUAUUCAGAAAUUCAAAGUCACCUAGAAUCAAGUGAGACACAUGAUUAUAAAAGAUUGAGUGAUGAAAAAGAUCAGCUCGAAGAACAAUUGAUGCAAGUUAAUAGUGAACUUGACGAAAUGAAAGAAAAAUUGGUGGCGCUGGAAAAUGUAACAGAAGAAAAAGAUCAGUUGGAACAAGAACUUGACAGAAUGAGAGACAUAGCAGCCCAGCUGGAAUCUAUUAAAGAGGAAAACGAAAGGUACCGGGAACAAUAUCAACAGAUUAAUGACCAGUUGAGGACCACUGAACAACAAUUGGAACAAUCAUGUCAAGAAUGCGAAGGACUGUCUGCUGAUCUUGUUAGGAAAAGUGAAAAAGAAGACCACUACCGAUAUAUAGAGACAAUGGUUGUUACAUUAGGAAGAGAAAAGGAAAAUCACCUCAAAGAGAUACAAGAACUAAGGAAUAAAGUCGAUUUAGUAGAAGAGGUUUUAAUCAGUUUGAAAGAAGAAAGGAAAAUGAAAGAUGAAACAAUCAAACAGCUAAGAGCUGAUGUGCAGAUCAAGGAUGAAAACAGCCUCCAGAUCAAAAGACAAUAUGAAGCUGGUAUUGAACAACUUCAAACUAUUGGACAGUUACGAGAUUCAGAGAUAGAAAAUCAGAAAAGAGAAAUUGCCAGAAUGAAAGACAUAUCAGCCCAACUAGAAUCUAUGAAGGAGGAAAACGAAAGGUACCGGGAACAAUAUCAACAGAUUAAUGACCAGUUGAGGACCACCGAACAACAACUAGAACAAUCAUGUCAAGAAUGCGAAGGACUGUCUGCAGAUCUAGUUAGGAAAACUGAAAAAGAAGACCACUACCGAUAUAUAGAGACAAUGGUUGUCACAUUAGGAAGAGAAAAGGAAAAUCACCUCAAAGAGAUACAAGAACUAAGGAAUAAAGUCGAUUUAGUAGAAGAGGUUUUAAUCAGUUUGAAAGAAGAAAGGAAAAUGAAAGAUGAAACAAUCAAACAGCUAAGAGCUGAUGUGCAGAUCAAGGAGGAAAACAGCCUUCAGAUCAAAAGACAAUAUACAGCUGGUAUUGAACAACUUCAAACUAUGGGACAGUUACGAGAUUCAGAGAUAGAAAAUCAGAAAAGAGAAAUAGCCAGAAUAAGCUCACUAAAGCAACAGUUGGAAGGUAAUAUUAUCAAGACAAGUUUAGAAUUACAGACAAGACAGAGUGAUUUACAACGGGAACAACUGGAACAUAAUCAGACAAGAAAUACUCUAACUCAGUGUAUGGAGAAAAUGAAUUCACAAGUACAGUCAAAGGACAAAGAGAUCGAAAUUAUGCAAGAAGAGGUAAAUAAAGUAAGAAUAGAAAGCCGGGAACUUCAGUUAAAAUAUCGGGAUCUUCCCCAGAAGGAAGCCCACUUUAAGGUUAUUGAGAAUUCGAACCAGUAUCUCAUGGACGAAAAUGCGCAACUUCAAGAAAGAAUCAGGUCUUUUGGUCCCUUUGAAAGUACAUUACAUUAUAUACGAGAGGAAAAUUCACGGCUGUCAUGGGAAGUUCAAAGAUAUCAAGAAAGAAUUUCUUUCAUGGAGCAAAAGUAUCGAGACCAGACGUGCAGUAUCCAACAGCUUACUGAAGAGGUUCAGGUUUUCAGGGGGCACCGAAUAGAACUUAAACGUCAGUUGCAUCAAAAGACUGAUGAAGCUGAAGCAGUGAGCCGUCGACUUAAAGAGACAUUGGAAAAGAAAGAAAAUUUAGAAAAAGAAUUAUCAGAUACACUAGAAAAGAAAGAAAAUUUAGAAAAAGAAUUAUCAGAUACACUAGGUGAAAAUUCUACUUAUCCUGAAUCUCAGAAUUUUGAUGAUUCUCAUGGAACAGAAGUGCAUAGUUUUCAAGGUCAGCGUAAUAGCAGAGGCAGAAUAAUAAAAAGAACAGAUAUCCAAAAUGUGUAGUCUUUUUUUAAAGUAGUAUGAACUUUGAUUUAUACUUCUUGAAUCGAAUCAGCAUUUACUAUUUUUCUUUUCUUAUAUUUAAAAGCAUUUUAUCAUAUAUGUGUGUGUAAAAUUAAUAUAGCUUUGCUUGAUAAAAUAUCAAUAAAAUAAAAUUACACAAAUGU